AUGACUAGGAAGAGGACAUACUGGGUGCCCAACUCUUCUGGUGGCCUCGUGAAUCUUGGCAUCGACAUAGGCGAUGAAAUGGUUUCAGGACUUAGUUAUAAAACCUACACUCUCCAAGAUGGCCCCUGGAGUCAGCAAAGGAGAAAUCCUGUGGCUCCGGGGAGGACAGCUGUCCCACCGUGGGGGAAGUACGAUGCUGCCUUGAGAACCAUGAUUCCCUUCCGCCCCAAGCCAAGGUUUCCUGCCCCCCAGCCCCUGGACAAUGCUGGUCUGUUCUCCUACCUCACCACGUCAUGGCUCACCCCGCUCAUGAUCCAAAGUUUACGGAAUCGCUUAGAUGAGAACACCAUCCCUCCACUGUCAGUCCAUGAUGCCUCAGACAAAAAUGUCCAAAGGCUUCACCGCCUUUGGGAAGAAGAAGUCUCAAGAUGAGGGAUUGAAAAAGCUUCAGUGCUUCUGGUGAUGCUGAGGUUCCAGAGAACAAGGUUGAUUUUCAAUGCACUUGUGGGCAUCUGCUUCUGCAUUGCCAGUGUACUUGGGCCAAUCUUGAUUAUACCAAAGAUCCUGGAAUAUUCAGAAGAGCAGUCGGGGAAUGUUGUCCAUGGAGUGGGACUCUGCUUUGCCCUUUUUCUUUCCGAAUGUGUGAAGUCUCUGAGUCUCUCCUCCAGUUGGAUCAUCAACCAGCGCACAGCCAUCAGGUUCCGAGCAGCUGUUUCCUCCUUUGCCUUUGAGAAGCUCAUCCGAUUUAAGUCUGUAAUACACAUCACCUCAGGAGAGGCCAUCAGCUUCUUCACCGGUGACAUAAGCUACCUGUUUGAAGGGGUGUGCUAUGGACCCCUAGUACUGAUCACCUGCACAUCGCUGGUCAUCUGCACCAUUUCUUCCUACUUCAUUGUUGGAUACACUGCAUUUAUUGCCAUUUUAUGCUAUCUCCUGGUUUUCCCGCUGGAGGUAUUCAUUACAAGAAUGGCUGUGAAGGCUCAGCAUCACACAUCUGAGGUCAGCGACCAGCGCAUCCGUGUGACCAGUGAAGUUCUCACUUGCAUUAAGCUGAUUAAAAUGUACACAUGGGAGAAACCAUUUGCAAAAAUCAUUGAAGACCUAAGAAGGAAGGAAAGGAAACUAUUGGAGAAGUGUGGGCUUGUCCAGAGCCUGACAACUACAGCCUUGUUCAUCAUCCCCACAGUGGCCACAGUGGUCUGGGUUCUCAUCCACACAUCCUUAAAGCUGAAACUCACAGCGUCAAUGGCCUUCAGCAUGCUGGCCUCCUUGAAUCUCCUUCGGCUGUCAGUGUUCUUUGUGCCUACUGCAGUCAAAGGCCUCACGAAUUCCAAGUCUGCAGUGAUGAGGUUCAAGAAGUUUUUCCUCCAGGAGAGCCCUGUUUUCUAUGUUCAGACAUUACAAGACCCCAGCAAAGCUCUGGUCUUGGAGGAGGCCACCUUGUCGUGGCGACAGACCUGUCCCGGGAUCGUCAAUGGGGCAUUGGAGCUGGAGAGGAACGGACACGCUUCUGAGGGGAUGACCAGGCCUAGAGAUGCCCUCGGGCCAGAAGAAGAAGGGAACAGCCUGGGCCCAGAGUUGCACAAGAUCAACCUGGUGGUGUCCAAGGGGAUGAUGUUAGGGGUCUGCGGCAACACGGGGAGUGGUAAGAGCAGCCUGUUGUCAGCCAUCCUGGAGGAGAUGCACUUGCUUGAGGGCUCGGUGGGGGUGCAGGGAAGCCUGGCCUAUGUCCCCCAGCAGGCGUGGAUCGUCAGCGGGAACAUCAGGGAGAACAUCCUCAUGGGAGGCCCAUACGACAAGGCCCGAUACCUCCAGGUGCUCCACUGCUGCUCCCUGAAUCGGGACCUGGAACUUCUGCCCUUUGGAGACAUGACAGAGAUUGGGGAGCGGGGCCUCAACCUCUCUGGGGGGCAGAAACAGAGGAUCAGCCUGGCCCGUGCCGUCUAUUCUGACCGUCAGAUCUACCUGCUGGACGACCCCCUGUCUGCUGUGGAUGCCCACGUGGGAAAGCACAUUUUUGAGGAGUGCAUUAAGAAGACACUCAGGGGGAAGACGGUCGUCCUGGUGACCCACCAGCUGCAGUACUUAGAAUUUUGUGACCAGAUCAUUUUGUUGGAAAAUGGGAAAAUCUGUGAAAAUGGAACUCACAGUGAGUUAAUGCAGAAAAAGGGGAAAUAUGCCCAACUUAUCCAGAAGAUGCACAAAGAAGCCACAUCGGACAUGUUGCAGGACACAGCAAAGAUAGCAGAGAAGCCAAAGGUAGAAAGUCAGGCUCUGGCCACCUCCCUGGAAGAGUCUCUCAACGGAAAUGCUGUGCCAGAGCAUCAGCUCACACAGGAGGAGGAGAUGGAAGAAGGCUCCUUGAGGUGGAGGAUCUACCACCACUACAUCCAGGCAGCUGGAGGUUACAUGGUCUCUUGCAUAGUUUUCUUCUUCAUGGUGCUGAUUGUCUUCUUCACGAUCUUCAGCUUCUGGUGGCUGAGCUACUGGUUGGAGCAGGGCUCAGGGACCAAUAGCAGCCGAGAGAGCAAUGGAACCACAGCAGACCUGGGCAACAUGGCAGACAAUCCUCAACUGUCCUUCUACCAGCUGGUGUACGGGCUCAACGCCCUGCUCCUCAUCUGUGUGGGGGUCUGCUCCUCAGGGAUUUUCACCAAGGUCACGAGGAAGGCAUCCACGGCCCUGCACAACAAGCUCUUCAACAAGGUUUUCCACUGCCCCAUGAGUUUCUUUGACACCAUCCCAAUAGGCCGGCUCUUGAACUGCUUCGCAGGAGACUUGGAAGAGCUGGACCAGCUCUUGCCCAUCCUUUCAGAGCAGUUCCUGCUCCUGUCCUUAAUGGUGAUCGCCGUCCUGUUGAUUGUCAGUGUGCUGUCUCCAUAUAUCCUGUUAAUGGGAGCCAUAAUCAUGGUUAUUUGCUUCGUUUAUUAUAUGAUGUUCAAGAAGGCCAUUGGUGUGUUCAAGAGACUGGAGAACUAUAGCCGGUCUCCUUUAUUCUCUCAUAUCCUCAAUUCUCUGCAAGGCCUGAGCUCCAUCCACGUCUAUGGAAAAACUGAAGACUUCAUCAGCCAGUUUAAGAGGCUGACUGAUGCGCAGAAUAACUACCUGCUGUUGUUUCUAUCUUCCACGCGAUGGAUGUCGUUGAGGCUGGAGAUCAUGACCAACAUUGUGACCUUGGCUGUUGCCCUGUUCGUGGCUUUUGGCAUUUCCUCCACCCCCUACUCCUUUAAAGCCAUGGCUGUCAACGUCGUGCUGCAGCUGGCAUCCAGCUUCCAGGCCACUGCCCGGACUGGCUUGGAGACAGAGGCACACUUCACGGCUGCAGAGAGGAUACUGCAGUACAUGAAGAUGUGUGUCUCGGAAGCUCCUUUACACAUGGAAGGCACAAGUUGUCCCCAGGGGUGGCCACAGCAUGGGGAAAUCAUAUUUCAGGAUUAUCACAUGAAAUACAGAGACAACACACCCACCGUGCUUCACGGCAUCAACCUGACCAUCCGCAGCCACGAAGUGGUGGGCAUCGUGGGAAGGACGGGCUCCGGGAAGUCCUCCUUGGGCAUGGCUCUCUUCCGCCUGGUGGAGCCCGUGGCAGGCCGGAUUCUCAUUGACGGCGUGGACAUUUGCAGCAUCGGCCUGGAGGACUUGCGGUCCAAGCUCUCAGUGAUCCCUCAAGAUCCAGUGCUGCUCUCAGGAACCGUCAGAUUCAACCUAGAUCCCUUUGACCGUCACACUGACCAGCAGAUCUGGGAUGCCUUGGAGAGGACAUUCCUGACCAAGGCCAUCUCAAAGUUCCCCAAAAAGCUGCAUACGGAUGUGGUGGAAAAUGGUGGAAACUUCUCUGUGGGGGAGAGGCAGCUGCUCUGCAUUGCUCGGGCUGUGCUUCGCAACUCCAAGAUCAUCCUUAUCGAUGAAGCCACAGCCUCCAUUGACACUGAGACAGACACCCUGAUCCAGCGCACAAUCCAUGAAGCCUUCCAGGACUGCACCGUGCUCGUCAUUGCCCACCGUGUCACCACUGUGCUGAACUGUGACCGCAUCCUGGUUAUGGGCAAUGGGAAGGUGGUAGAGUUUGAUCGGCCGGAGGUCCUGCGGAAGAAGCCUGGGUCAUUGUUCGCAGCCCUCGUGGCCACAGCCACUUCUUCACUGAGAUAAGGAGAUGUGGAGACUUCAUGGAGGCUGGCGGCUGAGCUCAGAGGUUCACACAGGUGCAGCUUCGAGGCCCACAG